CUGGUUAAGUUGGAUCGCCACGUGCUUAAUUUCAUCAUUGCCUUCGAAGUCUCAAAGCGGUCGUUACGUCCACUUUGUGAAGAAGCGAAAUUACCAGAAAAUCUCUGUAAACAGACUGUUUGCUUAUCCUUAUCUUAGAAUUCAACAUGCGCGAAUGUAUCUCAGUUCAUGUCGGCCAAGCCGGUGUUCAAAUGGGCAACGCUUGUUGGGAGUUGUACUGUCUUGAACAUGGAAUUCAGCCCGAUGGUCAGAUGCCGAGUGACAAGACGAUUGGUGGCGGCGACGACUCGUUCAAUACUUUCUUCAGUGAGACUGGCGCAGGGAAACAUGUCCCAAGAGCAGUAUUCAUCGAUCUUGAACCAACUGUAGUCGACGAAGUACGAACUGGAACCUACCGUCAGCUAUUUCACCCCGAGCAGCUUAUCACUGGUAAAGAGGACGCAGCCAACAACUACGCCAGGGGUCAUUAUACCGUUGGAAAAGAACUGAUUGACCAAGUUCUUGACAGAAUUCGCAAACUUGCAGACCAAUGCACUGGUCUUCAAGGUUUUCUGAUCUUCCAUUCCUUUGGUGGAGGAACUGGCUCUGGAUUUUCCUCGCUUCUCAUGGAACGUCUGUCUGUCGAUUAUGGAAAGAAGUCUAAGCUAGAGUUUUCCGUCUACCCUGCRCCCCAGAUCGCCACUGCGGUUGUCGAYCCUUACAACUCCAUCUUGACCACACAUACRACWCUGGAACACUCCGACUGCGCUUUCAUGGUGGACAAUGAAGCCAUUUAUGACAUCUGUCGUCGUAACCUUGAUAUCGAGAGACCAACCUACACCAACCUCAACCGCUUGAUUGGCCAGAUUGUCUCAUCCAUUACAGCCUCUCUGCGCUUUGAUGGAGCUCUAAACGUUGACUUGACUGAGUUCCAGACNGCCCUUGAAAAGGAUUACGAGGAAGUUGGUGUUGACAGUGCAGAGGGAGAAGAUGAAGACGACGAAGGAGAAGAGUACUGAUCUGUAUAAGUAGUCAGUUUGUUGCAGAUUUAAUGAAUAAAGUUUUUUUGCGUACAAUUUUCCGCAAUUA